AUGGAGACAAUGGAAAUGGAAGACGGUACCGAAGGAAUGCUUAUGGAUGUAGGUUUUAUGUUUGACACGUUUUUGGAGAAAGUGACCUGUCGUUAUGAAUAUGGAAUCAAUACCGAUGUAUCGGUCUUGCUUACGUAUACAAAGGAAGAACCUGGUGCAUUGCAAAGUGGUCACUACGUCUGGCCUGCUGCCCCUGCAUUGUGUGAAUAUUUGACCAAGCAUCAGGACGUUAUUCCUCGUGGAAACGUGGUAGAAUUGGGUGCUGGCUGUGGACUCACGGGUCUUGCUGUGGCUCAGCUUCGACCGGAUGCUACUGUGAUCUUUACGGACCACGAUCCAGGUGUGCUUAAGGUGAUUGAGCACAAUGCUGGUCAGCAGGAGAGAGUACAAGCCAAGUGUCUGACACAGAGUUUACGGUGGGGACCAGAUGGAGCCAAGGAGAUUGAAACACUCGAGAAAUUACAGGUCGGACCUGAUGGCAGCAAUCAGAAUAUUACGGAGCUGAUUGUUGGCUCCGACGUCAUUUAUGCGCGGGAAGUGGUGCCGCUGCUAUUUUGGACUGUAAACAGAUUGCUCGCACCUGAUGGAGUCUUUCUCAUGUGCUCAAGCUUUGGAUAUGAUGAUGCGACGGAGCAGGAGAUUGAGGUGCAGAGUGCCAAAUGCGGACUGAAGAGAAAGAUCGUCGAGUGUACGCUGAACGAAGGGGGGACUAGGAUUCAGAGCUUUACGAGGUCAACAAAUAGGUAA